AUGGAAUUGGAAAUGGGAACGUGGAAUGUAAGGACCUUGUAUGAGACAGCAGCGGCUAAAAGCCUGGUAGAGGAGAUCACAAAAUGUGGAAUCCAGAUCCUAGCAAUCCAAGAAACAAGAUGGAAAGGAAACAGCACUAUGAGAAUAGGAGAUUAUGAUUUUUUCCACAGUGGAGGCCAGAAACACUUCCUCGGAGUGGGUUUUGUGGUACACAAGGACCUGCGAGACAAUAUAAUGGAGUUUCGACCGGUCAGUGACAGAGUAUGUACUAUCAGAAUAAAAACCAAAUUCUUUAAUCUUAGUCUGAUCAAUGUGCACGCGGAAACUAAGGAAAAGGAAGACUCCACCAAAGACUCAUUCUAUAUAGUAUUCUAUAUUCUAUAUAGUAUACUGGAACAAGUAUAUGAUACAACACCAUCUAAUGACAUUAAAAUGAUGCUGGGAGACUUGAAUCCUAAAAUCGGAAGAUAA